CUAAGAUGGCAGAAAACUUAUGUGAUGAAAAGAAAGGCCAAACUAAAACACCAGAACAAUUAGCAAAAUGUUUUCCAAUUAUGUCAAAAUUCAUCUUACCUCAUUUAUUAUCAUUGCUUACACGUAAAGGAAUAUUUCUAUAUCAGUGGUUAACUAGUAAAAACAAAUUUAAAAAAACGCAACUACCUCCUCAAAAAGAUUUUAAUAGUGACUUGGAUGGAGUAAAUUAUUGCGAGCAAGAAUGUGAAAGCAAAGAAU